UCGGUCUCAAUUGGUUGACAUAUAUUCCUCACAAAUCCACCGUCUCACAAAAAAAAUAUAUUUUCUUUUUUGUAUUUUAGUUAUCAGGAUUUUUCAGAAUUUUUAUUUGUUUUUCUUUCGGAAAAUUUAUGUCUAUUUAACUCCUGUAUUCAACACACAAUAUAUGUAUACCUAAAAUAUUCUUUAUCACAAAUUUUUUGUUUUGACUUUUUCUUUAAAUUUAUUUUUGGUUGUUACGAAAACAGUAUUUUUGUCAAGCAUUUUUCUUUGUUUUCUAUGCAAACUUUAUUUUUUUAUUCAAAUAAAUAUUUUUUAAACUCAUUUUUAUCCAUCUUUUUCUUUACACCUCUCUCGGCUAAUAUUGUGCCAGUUGUCCCAACAGUAGCAAUACCAACCAAGUACAACCGUCCUCCUCUAUUCGUAUAUAAUCCACCUUCAGAAUCUCCGGUGGUUACUCCCUUGUAAAGGGGUCCCGCGCAUAGACUAGUACCACCAGGGUAAAAUCUAAAAAACAAAUUUAGAACAUCGUUUUUUAAUUACUGCAAACCCCUUACAGCUGGCACUUGACUUCAAUUUUAUUGCAGCAUGAUGGAGUUUUCCGUAGGGUAUUAGAGGCGAUGGGGUAGUUCCUCUGGUGCCGUUAUUAGUCCGUAAUCCAACUCCCAACGAGAUGGGUAACGCAUGCAGUGCGCAGAGGUUAACACCACAUUAGGGGCAAUGAUAACACCGGUACAUAUUGCAACCUUCGGGCAGUCGAAAUAAGAAAUAAAGACAAAUUUUAUAACUAACAUU